GAACGACUGUAUCUUAACAAAUGACGUCUGCUAAGCGUGGACCGGUAGGAGAAAACCAAAAUUACACUGUGCCUUAUUUUGUUGUAUUGGAGAUUAUCUUUACCAGAAUCAGGUAGCCUGCAGGUAGCUCUAUCGCGAAUCUAGCUUAAUUUUACGGGCGUCUGUUCACUCAUGUGACGCUCUGUAUGUAUUUACACAACUAUCUUUCACAUAAAUACGGACCGCUUGUGAGCAAGCCAUCCAGUAUUUGUACACGCCUAGGACGAUUGUAUACGAAAAUUCCGCAAUUUCCAUUCUCAUCUACAGAUAAUUCUUUGUUCACUGUAUUUACGGCAAACUAUUGUAAACAAGUAGAACUAAAAGAAAUGUGGACAACGGCAGAAUUUUGCGCCCAGUUACCCAAAAUCGAACUUCAUGCUCAUUUGAAUGGAUCUCUCAGUAGCGACACGUUAAAAAGGCUGCACAUUAUGAAAGAGGGAAAGAGCGCGGAUGAUAUAGAUAUACCAGAUAUCACCAAAAUGACAAAUCUGGAAGAGUGUUUCAAAAUUUUCGGUUUGGCGCACUCUCUCACUUCGAGUCCCGAGGCGUUGCGAGUGGCGACGCGAGACGUCGUAAGGGAGUUCGCUGAGGAUGGCGUCGUGCACCUGGAGCUACGCACCACGCCCCGCGCUGUGGAAACCAUCAUGAGCCACGAGCAGUACGUCGAGGCAGUGCUGGAAGAGGCGACGCGGGAGGGCGCUGCGCAGGGCAUCGGUGUGAAGGGUGUUUUUGCAACAACUCUAAGCAAUGAAUAUUAUCUGGCUGCAGAGCAUUUUUCUCUCUCCAGAGAAGAACUUUGGAAGCUCAGCUUUGAAAGUGUGGAAUAUACAUUUGCUUCAGAGGAAGAGAAGCAACAAAUUCGAAAUACAUUUCUUGAAUGGAAGAAAGCAAACCUGGCUCAAUUUGAACUCCAUUAAAUAUUUUAUUUUGGAAAAGGUUGCGAGAGAAAUGAACAUAUAGCAUUAAGUUCAAAAUUACCACAAUUAAUUGAUUCUUGUUAAUUGGAUAAUUUGAUAAAUCUGUAUUUUUUUAAUUUUUAUUUUCACUCAACAAUAAAAAUCAGAAUAUUCAUAAACUUUCUCAAAAUAUAAACAUUUUGCUAAAUACAAGAAUCUUUUCCACUUGAAUAUGUGUAAAAUUGGUGCUCAUAAACAGAAGUGAGUUGUACUGUUCUUAAAUAUUAAACCAUUUUAAUUUUUCAAGUAUUUUUGUGUACACUUACCUACUUCAAAUUUUCACAAGUCCUUCUACUUAGAC